GGCCCGCCUCGCGGGGACAUGGUAACGCCGAGGGUAGGAUUCCCUGGUUGCCAUGGGGAUACAGGCCUGGGAGAGCUGCGCUCGUGGUCUGUUGCUAGGGGUCUGUUGCUAUGGGAGGGUCGUGUACAGUGAGGCAGAGCAGGAAGACUUGUUUAUUGGUAACUAAGACAAAUGUGAUUCCACACUGAGACAAUCACCUAAUAAGGAUUUAUUUUAUAUAUUUAUUUUGUUUAUUUAGGAUUUUAUUUUUAAUUUAUUUUAUUUGUUUGUUUUGGGGUGGAGGUUGGGUUUAUUUUCUAUAUAUAUAUAUAUAUUUUAUUUAUUUAUUUAUUUAUUUUUUAUUUAUUUUGUUUAUUUAGGAUUAUUUGUUUUUAUUUAUUUGUUUUUGGGUGGAGGUUGGGUUUAUUUUAUUUAUUAUUAUUUUAUUUUUUUUUUAAACCAUUUCCCUAUUUGUAGUAUUGAAGGAAGUGUUGCCUCCUGCUCUGUUGCCUCUGAAGGAUGAUGUGGUUAGCCAUGUUGAGCGCUACAUCCCAGCAAAUGAUUCAGUGUUAAAGGAACACUACAAGCACGAUAACCACUACAGAGAGCAUUUGUGCUCAUGGUGCCAGGAGUGCUGUGGCUCUUCCCCCACUGUAAGUAGACAAACCAUUUGCUAACGGUGCCUUUACGACAGCCUGGAGCUCGCUCUCUCUGGGCUAAGUUAUAGGCUGAGAGUGAUGUAAUGAUGUUCUCAGUAAAUAAGUUUGCCCUACACCGCAGGGUUUACUACAGAAGAGCUAACAGAAGCACCUGGAAGACCAGCAUGAACAUGGAAGUCCACAGGAAGCCUACGUGGGCAAACUGCGUCAAAAUGUAAAGAAGGCAGACAUAGAAACUCCACAUGAGCAGACGGUUUUAGUUUUUAAAUUGUGAGUCACAAUAAAGCUGUGAAUGAUUUCUACAAAGCUGCAGUAUUUUACUUUGCAGGGUUAAAACUUGAAAUGAAGUGGACUGGGUGACUUAAGAGGUCCUUCAAAUAUCUUUCAUUUGGUAUGAUAUAUUGAAGUUGGAGUUUGAGCAACACAAGGGAAUUCAUGUCCUAGUCUACCUGUGUUUAGUGGGAGUUACACACCAAGACAGCAGCUGCCGCUACUCUUUUCUAAAGUCUAAAAUUUUCUGAAUGCUCAGCACAGAAAAAUCUAAAAUUUUUAACAAUGAUGACCUGAAAAUACAAUUAUGAAGUUGUACCUGGGAUACUCUGGGAGUAUGCUUUAAUAGACACACACUGGGAUUGGGGGACACAUUGCUGUUAUAAAGGAACUCUAUAGUGUUAUGAGUACAAAACUGUUUUUGAGAUCCUCCAACAUCAGUCAACAGGGGACACCAAAUGCACAUGCAUGGCAAGCGGUGCGCAUCAGGCCUUCUUCAUAGGAAAGCAUUAAGUCAAUGUUUUUUUUAUGGGGAUUUAGAAGAUGCUGGACAUCCUCAUGCAAAGCUGGACAUCCUCAUGAAACUGCAGGAAUGUUUUCCUAUGUGACCGCCUGAAACGGCAAUGUUUGCAGCUGCAGGGCUUAAAUGACAGGAAUACCACACCCAUACUACUUCAGUAGGCACACACAGUACUGAGAAUAAUGUUCACAUUAUAAGCGGACACAAAGUGCUGGUAUUGGAGUUCUGUUACACUUUGGAAGGGUUCAAUUCCUUGUGAGGAGUAAACAUUUUUUUCAAUUUAGAUUUUUUUGUUUUGUUAAAUCAGACAAAAAAUAAGCAUUGUUUUGGAUAUCACACACCGUAUAUUUUUUUUUUACAUGGACCGACAGACACAUAAUGAAAUAAAUGUAGUUUGACCCAAAAUGGGUCCGGACCCAACCACCGAAGGGGCUUAUCUGGCUAGCCUUCUAAAGCGUGUGCUGUAGCGCUUUCUGCAGUGUCCUAGUGCUCCUGCAUAUCACCUGCUGGACACCAGGGUACUAAAUUGAAACAGCAGGACAUGUCAGACAUGUUGGGAGGGGGUUUGUGUUGAAAGCCUAUUUAAGCCUAUUUAAGUACCACUUACUUUUAAGCAACCCAAUUCUAUGCUUGUCAAGUUCAGUUUCAGACCACAACCAGUACCAGAGUUUCAUAAUUGCCUUUCAGGGACCUUCUUACAGUUGAAAACUAAACACGUAAUUUAAUCAAUGUUUUUGUUUUGUUUAAAGGACCACUCUAGGCACCCAGAUCAUUUCAGCUUAAUGAAGUGGUCUGGGUGCCAGGUCCUUCUAGGGUUAACCCAUUUUUUCAUAAACAUAGCAGUUUCAGAGAAACUGCUAUGUUUAUGAAUGGGUUAAGCCUUCCCCUAUUUCCUCUAGUGGCUGUCUCAUUGACAGCCACUAGAGGCGCUUGCGUGCUUCUCACUGUGAUUUUCACAGUGAGAGCACGCCAGCGUCCAUAGGAAAGCAUUAUGAAUGCUUUCCUAUGUGACCGGCUGAAUGCGUGCGCAGCUCUUGCCGCGCGUGCGCAGCUCUUGCCGCGCGUGCGCAUUCAGCCGACGGGGAGGAGAAGAGGAGGAUUGGAGGAGGAGAGCUCCCCACCCAGCGCUGGAAAAAGGUAAGUUUUUACCCCUUUCCAGAGCCGGGCGGGAGGGGGUCCCUGAGGGUGGGGGCACCCUCAGGGCACUAUAGUGCCAGAGAAAACGAGUAUGUUUUCCUGGCACUGUAGUGGUCCUUUAAUGAAGUGGUCUGGGUGCGAGGUCCAGCUAGGUUUAACCCAUUUGUUUCAUAAACAUAGCAGUUUCAAAGAAACUGCUAUGUUUAUGAAUGGGUUAAGCCUUCCCCUAUUUCCUCUAGUGGCUGUCUCAUUGACAGCCACUAGAGGCGCUUGCGUGCUUCUCACUGUGAUUUUCACAGUGAGAGCACGCCAGCGUCCAUAGGAAAGCAUUAUGAAUGCUUUCCUAUGUGACAGCCUGAAUGCGUGCGCAGCUCUUGCCGCGCGUGCGCAUUCAGCCCAGUGGUGGGGGCACCCUCAGGGCACUAUAGUGCCAGAAAAACGAGGAUGUUUUCCUGGCACUAUAGUGGUCCUUUAAUACAAAUUGAAAAAAGUGAUUGAAAGUCCCUUCCACCUGAAGUCAGUGGAUAGUCAAUACCAGUGGUGGAACUACCGCACAGACGCUAUGGACUUAGGGCCACUCUAUGGGUAUGGUUGUUUUAUCGCUUAACAGUAACCCGGUUGGGUGCCGCGGCCCUUUAAAGUCGCGACCGGCCCCUGUAAUACCUGCCAGCAUGGAGGAAGUGAUGAUCACGUCCUUCCAGUUACAUAAAGAGCGCACCAUGUGAAGAGAGAGGGAGUUGGUGGUAGAGGAGGCACACACAGGCAGCCUGAUGGGAGAGAGACAGAAGCUACUUUAAAACCACUACACUCUCCCCUUGUCAGAGUAUUUAUAUCGGCAGACAUUUUGUGCUAUGAUAGAAACUAAAAGUGUAUAUUCUGAGUCACUCUGAACAGACCAGACUCCAUUUUGUUAUUUCAAGUUAACAAAGAGACACAGUAUUUCUAUCUGUAAGCUAACCACUUUCCCAGAGCUGAGGAAUGCAUAGUAUAUACAAGACAAGUGAUAAGGAAGGGGGUUGGACAGACUGUCUAAUGCUAAUGGAAUAUAAUCAAAUCUAAACCCAGACAAUUGUGACAGAGAAGAUUAAAUAAUUUAAUAUUUAACUGUCUAUAUAUAUAAGGUACCAUUGUAUGGAAAAGGGUAAACUUAGUUCAUGAUCUGUCAUAUCAGAAAUUAUAGCAGAUUUGCAGACACAUAGUCUGGACAAAAUUUAAGAACCCCUUUGAUCUUUGAAGGAUACGUAAGUUAUAGCCACUAUCUAGAUAGGCCAAAAUGACGUCAAAAUAGCCACCAGGAAAAGUUAACUCUUUCCUGGAUAGGUAUGUUUAGUGGGACAAGACUGCCCUCUACAGACCAAAUAACUAAUUUGCGAUCUGGAAGAUAACCACACCUCUAGUGCUUCUAUUGGGUUAUCAACUGAUGACGUACAGAGAGUCUGGCCCUUUAAAAGUUAAGACAAAGGGAAGAUAGAGAUAGACGAAGGAGGCAGAUGCAAGAUAUGCAAAGGAGGGAAAAGAGAGGAAUUGGAAGUUUGGGGACUCCAACCUCCAUGCAGAGACACAUCCAAAUAAAUUCCUGAGACUACCAAUCGGAUGAAAUAUCUACUCAACUGGUAAUUAUACUGGUUUCAUUUAAUUAAAUUAAAUUAAUUAAAAUGUAUUAAUAGCAUUAUAUAUGACUGGAUAAAGCACGGUCAGAUUUCCAUAUUAAGAAAUCUUAGUUAACUAAGAAUAUAUAGUUAUAAAUAUUCCAUUCUGCAGGUGGAAUUAAGAAUAAUUAUAUAUUGAUGUGAUAUUAUCACGUGUUAGCAUACCGCUGUUUUUAUCCAGGUGUAUUGAUUUGCUCUAAAUUAAGAUAGAUAUCUUUUAGACAAAUUAAAAAUCUGCUUAUAUAAUAUGUAGAUUCUCUUAUUGGAUUGUUUUCAGGAAAUGGCUAAUGAACUGGUUUAAAUGUUAUUUUAUUUAAAAAUUACAUAAGAAUAGAUCUUAACUACCUAGGAGAUCUAGCCAGCAUUGAAAGGGUUAUUCUAACUGUCUGCUAAACUUUACGACCUUACGCUGCACUCUGAGGAAUUCUGUUCUCUGUGUGAAAAGUUUCACUUUCAGCCUGUGUUAAGGAUACCUCAUAAAUCGUAGAAGUCUUGACAGAUAAUGAGUUAAUAGCCAUUGAAACGUAAUACCCAUUCCUUUGUAUUGCAUACCAUUUUAUACUGAAUAUUCAUUGAUUAUUGUCACGCAUGUUAUAUAAUAUUAUUAUUAUUAAUUUGUCAUUAUAAAUAAAAAUCUAUUUUUAUACAUUGUGAUAUUAUUAUAUGAAAUACAUUCCACUUAACACGAUAAACGUUCUUUGGGAUCUGAGAAUUGAAUUAGUGGGCAAUUCUCACUGUUACUAUUAUUAUCCCAUAAAUAUCCCCACAUAUUGGAGGCACGGUGCUGAGAUCGUUUAAGUUGAAAUUGUAUUUCAUAUAUAAUAAUAAUAUUGGUGUAAUUCAUGCAAUUUAAUCUUGAUAUAGAAAAGAGUUUUGUAUUGAGAUUAAAUCACUGUAUAGAAAUAUGGCUGAAUCUAGCGCUUCAUCUCAAUCAGAGAAUGGGAAGAAGUUAGCGGAAAUGCAAGGUUUUCCCUUAAGCAUCAUAUAUCAGUAUCUAAAUAUUAAAGUUGAUUAUCCAGAGUGGAUACUCCAAAUAAAAAAACAGGUUGAUGAUUCGAUUCAUGAUAGAUCGGCUGAUUCACCUAUGGUUAAAUAUCUUAGCCAUAUAGAUGAAGAGUCUACAAUGCGAUCUGUUACCAACUCAUGCCCGUUUUUCAUAUUGGGUUAUUCUAUUAUGUUAAAAAAGCAUAAUGAGAUAGAACGUAAAUUGGACGAGUGUCAGAAAGACCUGGUGCUCGAACAAGGAAGGUUCAAAACUUUGUCUGAUGAAAAUAAUCUCCUUCAGGUUCUAAACUCUGACCUUUUGAAUAAACUGGAAAGAAUGAACAAAAUGGUGGAUGAUUAUGAUCAACAGAUAAAACAGAUACAGAUGCAGCUAGAUGAAUAUCAAAAGGGAAGUGAAGGAUUACUGGGAAAAGACCCAAGUGAUUCUUUUCAAUUUCCUGAUAUUCACACACCAGACCAGGUUUUCAUAAAACAGUCUCUAAGAAAAGAUGUGAGUAAUUCUGAGAAAACACCUGUAGAUUCUUGGCAAUCUUGGGCAGAACAGUUUGAAAAGACUGUCCUGGCCAUGCUUGACAGAAGGAAUCAGAUUCAAGGUGAUAGGAAUGAAAACAGACAUGGUUCUGUUCACUGGCAGAAUUCUGAUGCUGAUCGGAAUUGUGACAGUGAACAAGAAGCUCAGAGUGAUGGGAGUGAAAGUGAUUGCACUAUCCACUCUGAAGGCCAUGUAACUGAUAUGCCAUCUGCGCUGUUGUAUGGGUCUAAUUCCUCUUCAGCAGACAGAUCGCAUAGACGUUUACCCAAACACAGAAACAGAGAUCGUAAAUCAACGACGCCUGUUUAUGAAACACCAAAGGUCAUCAAAUUCCUUAGAGAGACUGUCCCACAAUUUUCUAGAGGUUCAGGAAACAUAUCUGAACAUCUGGAAAAUUAUGAUAGAGCAAUGAAUUCAUUGGGCAUGUAUGAUGACAUUCAUAAGAAAUGGUUCAUUACAUGGACCUUUGAUUCAAUGUGCCGUGUUUAUCUAGAAAGUCUUCAAGCUAUACAGUUAAUGUCCUGGUCCAAGAUGAAAUAUGAAAUAAUCAUGGAAUAUGGUAAGUAUAAAACCAUUGCCUCUGCAAAGAAGGCGCUUUAUAACUUAAAGUGCCGUCCAGAUCAAAGCCCCAGAGAAUUUUUAAUAAUUCUUAAAAAUGCAUACUCCGUGGCCCAAAGGAAACCCAGGUAUGAAAGCACAGACUUCAAAGAUCUGUAUUUUCAUGCCAUGCCAGUAAACAUACAAAUGAAUCUCGCAAGAGAUUACGAUUGUAAGUUACCAUUAGAAUGGCUAGUCAGUCAGUGCAUGAAAUUGUACACUAUACACCAUGCACAUGACGAAAAUCAGCCAAAGGUUAAGAAACCUGGUGAUAAAAUGGUGUCAGAGACUAAAAUUCAGUUAGGUCUAGAAACCCAACAGAAAAAGAGGACCUAUUCCGAGGUUUUGAAAACUCCAAAACCUCAGAAACAGGAAAACGCCAGAAGCAAUUCUGCAAAUUCCUCUAAUAACUCUGAAAAAUCCAAUGCCAAUGGGAAUAAACGCCCCUGGGUAAAUAAGAACCAAGGCAAUUCCCAAUGGAGAAGGAAUCCUCAGGGAAAUAGGAGAUAUGGAAACAGAAACAACCAAUCUGCUUCCAAUAACUCCCAACAGUCUCAGCCAUCCCAGCCAAAUUCUAAUGGGCAAAGACAAAACGGCAAUGGGGGAAAUAAUUUGCGUCGUCAGGUUGGUCAAUUGACAGACCAGAUGGGCAAAUUAAUGGAGGGAAUGACAAAGAUUAACCAAGUCUUUGCCAGAAAUCCUUUUUUAGGGAUAGCUCCAAUUGCAGAACUACCUGUGCAACCGCAGCAACAACAACAGGUGCCGCAGCAAUAAUAGCCACUGUGACUAAACAGGCUAGGUUAUCAGUAGAUGUAAUGCCUAACCCUGUUUCCUUUCCAGGUAAUAACAGUCAAAUAAACAAUAGUUGUGUUAGAAAACCUAUUGCCUAUCCCGUCACUUCACUUCCGGGUGAAGGAGGCGCGACGUGUUCCUCUGUUUUUUCAUUUCAGCCAAAGGCUAAAAUAGCCCCAGCAGCCACAAGUUUCCAGGAUCCAGACCUGAAAGGGUUAACUGAUGAGAUGCCGACCACUAGUUCCCGCUUAAUAGUUCAAGAUGUUCCUAAAAAGGAUGGGCCUGUGGGUAAGACUGAGCAUUCCUCAGUACAGGUAGAAACUACUGCUGUGACCGGUAAUGUAUGGAAAACGAGUAAUAUGUUGACACAUUCUAAAUUCUUAUGUGAAUUAGAAGAACAUGAAGGAAGGUACUACAUGUCUGUAGAAAUACAGGAUUCGUUACCCCAGCCUUUUAAAGGGUUAAUAGAUACUGGUUCACAAGCCACUAUCUUAUCCAAUACCUACUUCCAGCAGGUAAUGGACUUAGCAACGGAUAAGCCGAAGCUAAGAGGUUUCCCCAAUGCUCUGUUGAGUGUAGGAGGAAAUGCCCUUCAUGUUAUUGGCAAUACAUGGUUAAAGUUUAAAAUAGGUAACAAAACCUUUAGACACCCGGUGAUAGUGGUAGAUCUCCCCUAUGACCGACUGAUUCUGGGUAUAGACAUACUUAGAAGACUUAACACGAUUAUUGACUGUGUGAAUGGAAUUGUAUGGUCACAAGCUAAGGUUCCCAUAACCUAUGAGAAAUCACAUGUACAAUCUGAUCGUAACUGCCAUGUGAUAGAAGAAAGACCUGACUCAAUUGAGGUACAUUUUAGAAAUAGUCAGUCACCUGACGUGACUAUCCUGCAGGUGAAUGAUGCAAUCGCGCCUGUAGAUGAGCAUUCCAUAAGAAUUGCUCCAGAGAGGAUCCAGAAUGUCUCUCUGGAAGGUGAUGUUUUAACCAUUUCUCUCCACAGGGACUAUGUUGAAUCUGUAGAUCUGGCAGGUCAUGCUCAAUUCCUUGCCAGAAUUGAAAGGGUUAAUAACAACUUAUUCUUUCCUAUGCAAAUAAAUGACUUAGGAAGAAGUAGGAAUGCAAAGCUGGACUUACAGAGUGAGAACAGCUAUAUUAGCAGAAGUCUGUUAAAGCAGAUCGCUAAUCCUAAAAUGAUCAGGUACGCUUCCCCACAUGACAGGUGGAUCCAGAAUCUGGAUGGCGAAUCAGAGAGUCACAAUGUGAUAGCAAAAUGUUUACUAUCUAUUUCCAUCGGAAAUAAGACCGUUAAACAUUUAUUCUUAGUGAUAAAUGAACCUCGCUAUCAGAUUUACGUUGGCAAUGAUGUCAUACAUCGCUUUGCCAUACACCUUGAUUUGAUUAAUUCCAAUUUGUGGACAAGGUUAAAAGGUAAUCCUUGUGGAUACCUACACGAGGAAAACGCCCUGAAAUCAGGACAAAUACUCCCAUAUGCGGUAAGUAUCCAAGUUCCCGAUGACAUAACCAUUCCACAGGGGACAAGUAAUUUUCUUUUACCCCUACAGGUCAAGGAGGAUCAGAGAUUGGAAAACUCUGAUGCCCUAAUCUGUUUAUCCAACAGGAUACAACAAUUAGGGAUGGUGGUAACACAUACACCAAUGGUAAGUAUUGGUAAGAAUCCCACCUAUAUCAUGGUCAACAAUGUUACACCCAAUAGUGUUACUUUACCAAAAGGAACAUUAUUAGGUCUAGCAUUGGAUGCUGAGUACUAUACAUUUGGUUUCCAAAACCAAAUUAUAGGCCUCAUCCCUGAAGAAUACUUAACUGAGGACGAAAUUGUCGAUCAAAUAUUCCAUUCCUCCCCAGAAGGAUUAUUCACUAUCCUAUCUGUAUAUCCCUUCAACGUCGAAGAAGGCUCGUGUAAAAUCGAAGAAGCAUCUAUCACCUUCGAUCAUCCGCUCAAUGAGCAGGAAUCACAAGAGUAUCACGACCAAAGAGAAAAGGUAAGUCAACACCGAACUGACCUAACUUCUAGGCUUGAAGAAGCUUAUGAGAUAGGCCAGCCUGAAAUCUUUCCAGGAUUUCAGGAAAGGCUAGAAGAGCAAAUAUCUUUAGCUGACGGUUGCUCCAAUGAUGCUGAGCGACAGCAGCUAAAGGAAGUCCUUUUGGAAUUCCAAGAUAUUUUUGCCAAAGAUUCCUACGACUGUGGGUUAACUAACCUCCACGUAGCCAGAAUACAAACUGAUCCAAAUUUACCACCUGUAUUUAUCAAACAAUAUAGACUCCCAUUAGCGUCAUAUGAUGGUCUACAAGACAUCAUUCAGAAUUUAAAGGAAAGGGGCAUUAUACAUCCAGUGCACAGUUCGUAUAAUAAUCCAAUCUUGGGGAUUCUGAAACCUAAUGGACAAUGGCGUUUAUGCGCUGACUUACGACAGCUAAAUAAACGCGUCUAUAUGUCUGGUUGGCCAACGCCAUACAUAGACCAAUGUUUGGUACAAAUGCAGGGAUCCAAAAUAUUCACUGCCAUUGACUGUGCGCAGGGAUAUUGGACUGUACCAGUCCAUACUGAAGACCAAUACAAAUUGGCCUUCACAUUUGGAAAGCAGCAGUAUACCUGGACCCGUAUGCCUUUCGGUUAUAUAAACUCUGGUCAUGAAUUCGCUGUGUUCAUGCAUAAAGCUAUGCCUGACGCACUCGAGAGAGGAACGUUAUCAUAUGUCGACGAUGUCUUGCUGAAAAGCACUUCCUUUGAUAAGCAUAUCUUAGAGAUUAGACAUGUUCUCACUCAGUUAAGAGAGGCAGGGAUUAAACUGUCUUUACAAAAGGCACAAUGGUGUCGCACCCAUGUCAAUUUCCUUGGACAUGAGGUAACUUCUGAAGGAUUAAAUCCCCAGAGGAAGAAGGUUGAAGCCGUACUAAAGGCUAAAACACCUUCAAACAUCAGGGAAUUAAGAUCGUUCCUUGGUAUGACUAACUACUCCCGUAAGUUUAUAGAUAACUAUGCAGAAAUAACUAAACCACUCUUACACCUGCUUAAAAAGGAAACUACCUGGAACUGGGGGGAGCCUCAGGACCAAGCGGUAAGUGAACUGAGGAGGAAGCUCACUCAGGCACCCUGUUUAGCAUACCCAGAGGGGGGUAAACCCUUCUAUCUGGAGACAGGUUAUACCAAUUUAAGCAUAAGUGCUGUUCUGUAUCAGAAGCAGGACAGUUUAAACAAGGUUAUUGCAUAUGCUAGCAAGACUUUGUCAUCUGUUGAAGUUAAAUUCAACACGUGUGAGAAGGCGUUAUUGUCGACUGUCUGGGCACUGCAAAAUUUUCGUAGCUAUAUCCAAGGUGAGAAAAUAAUUGUAGAAACAGCUCACCAACCUCUACAGUAUCUGCAGAGUGAAAGAAUUAGAGACGGUAAUCUCUCUAACAGUCGGAUUACUGCAUGGGCUCUAUCCUUACAGGGAUGGCCGUUAGAAGUCCGUUAUAAACAUAAUAAGAGAAGCCCAGUUGCCCAAGGUUUAGCAGAAUUACAUGACUGUACUGCUCCAUCUCUGGAUGAUAAUGACACCGGAGAUGACUUCCUAGAAGAGCAAUUGCUAUCUCCUUAUAAAGUUUAUGAUGAGGAAUACUGUCGACCACUACCGUGGGUAUACAUUGAUGGUUGUUCAUAUCACCACGUAGCUGGUGCCGAACGGAAGUUAGUUGCAGGUAUCGGAAUUGCCUGGACAGGUGAUUAUCCUAAUGUAUCUAUAGGAUACAAUAUUGGUCCCAAAAGCAGUCAGAUAGCCGAACUCUGUGCAGUAUAUAAGACCAUUCAAAUGGCAAUAGAAUAUGGUAUCAAAGAAUUUGUUAUUAUAACUGAUUCCAACUAUGUUCGCAACAGUUUCGUCGAAUAUCUGCCUAGCUGGAAACGUAACCAAAUGCUGAAAAGCAAUAACAAACCUGUUAAACAUGGGAAAUUGUUUUGUAAAAUCGAUGAGUUGGUUAAGGAAAAUGGUUUAACCAUAUAUUGGAAGAAAACCAAAGGCCAUUCUAAAAUAGAAGGUAUUGACAAGGAUGGUAAUGACUUAGCCGAUUCACUGGCAAAACAAGCUGCCAUCAAUGGUGAAACCCUAAACAUUGAUGAUCUUAUGGGUUCAAUUCAUGUUGAAGCCAUAACUAGACGACAGGCUAGAGAUAAUGCCGACUUAAAUGUCGUGCAAUGGAGUCAAGAAGCUCCUAGUGAUGACCUGAUUACUAGUCAAAAGAGUGAUCCCGUCAUAGGCAUUUUCUAUAAACAUAUAGAAGACCCUACUGCCAAUCCCAUCACAGAUGAGGAUUGCAAAAAUAAUGAAGAUUUACGAAUCUUGAUGAGAUAUAAAGUCCAAUUUAGUAUCAUGGAUGGGUUACUGGUCAGAACUUCUAAACAUGGUAUACAACAAUGGGUAGUCCCAACUGUAUACAGAGGGUUAAUGCUCCAACACGCACAUGAUGCACCUACAUCUGGGCAUCGUGGUGAUAAGAUCACAUAUGAGAUAUUGCGUGAUUAUGCAUAUUGGCCACACAUGUUAAGGGAUGUUAAGACAUACUGUCAGGGAUGCUUGAUUUGUCCGCAAUAUCAACCCCAUGGUCCAACCCAUCGUGCACCACUUCAGAAGAGGGGGGUGUCAUUACCCUGGUCUGAUAUUCAAAUUGACUUUAUAGGUCCUGUAACAAGAUCUUCAAGAGGUAACAAAUACAUGUUAACCGUUACAUGUAUGUACACAAAGUGGAUAGAAUGUUUGCCUUGUAAAGAGAACACGAGUACCGUGUGCGCCACUUUGUUGAUUAACCAUGUCUUUUCCAGGUUCGGUCUGCCUCAAAGAAUUGAGUCAGACAGAGGUAGUCAUUUUACCAGCGAAGUAAUGGCUAAGAUGUGGAACAUUCUAGGUGUUAAACGAAAGCUACAUAUUGCAUACCGCGCUGCGUCUAGCGGGGGGGUAGAGCGAUAUAACCAGUCUAUCGUUAAUAUUCUGAAGAAAUAUGUUAAGGAGUCUGGUAAAGACUGGGACAUUAAAUUGCCCCUAGUUUUAAUGGCGAUUAGAGCUACACCUAGCACUGCUACCAAAUUGUCACCUUUUGAAUUGAUGACAGGAAGAAAGAUGGUUUUACCACAGCAUUUACUAUAUCGUACUUCGGAUCAUAACUUGAUCAAUGCUGCCACUACGCAUCAGUAUAUCGAAGAUUUGCGCAAGCAUUUACAGCAUGCGUUUGCUUUUGCCCAAAAGAAUCUAGAAAAAGCAGCGACAGGGGUUAAGACCUAUUACGAUCUAAAAACCACGAAAAAGGAAUAUGAGAUAACAGAUCAAGUCUAUCUGUAUAACUUUGCGCGAAAUCAAGUCAAGGAAAAUAAAUUUUUACCUUCUUGGAAAGGGCCAUAUGUCAUUAUUGACAAAAUUUCCCCUGUAGCGUAUAAGAUAAAAAUUCCUAAGGAUGGUGAUUUUAUUGAAAAGUGGGUUCACAUUAACCAGUUGCGUGCUUGUCAUCCUAAAUCUCAAUUAAGGAUUAUAGGUGUGGAUUCGGAUGCAGAAGGGUGAACGACUAACCUGGAUGAAUGCUUGAUUCACGUGGUAUAGUAUGAUGUGAAAUGUUGUGAUGUGCCAUGAUCUCAUGUACGUUCAUGUCAUUAACCAUUUCCUUGCCAUCCAAUAACUACAUUUUAUAAGCAGGUUACUAGCUUGUUUAACUGCUAUAGGCAAAUUGCUGAAGAGUCAGUAAUAAAUGUAGUGAGGGAUGAAGUUAUAAAAAUAGAAUUAGACAGAAUACAUAUGUUGAUGAAUCGUAAUAAUGUGUUGUCCUAGGCCAAGUGAUGUCACACUGUUAUAAGUUUGUAUGCUUAACAAACCUUGAAUCAUUAGUAGAUAAGUCUGAAACGAGUUCCUG